UCUGCGUGAUUUCAUCGUUAUCCUCUAAACUCUGCUUGCGAUCAUUUGAGGAUUGUUAUUUUUUUGUAAGGAUGCGUGGUCCUCUAGUCUUGGUUGGCCGGGCGCUCUGUUUAUGCGCGUCCCUGGCUCUGGCCGUGAGCGCGCACGACGACUCAGGGCAGGACGAGAUGAGGCUGGAUCUGAUCCAUCACCACCAGGACGGACCUCAGCCCAAGGCCGGACCGGAGCCCUCCGCCGAGUUCCUCAGGUGCAACAAGGCGGCAUGGCGUAUGCCAGGUCAGUACCUGGUCGUCCUGCGUGAAGGGACACAUGAGUCCCAUGUACAAAGGACCAUGAGGGGCCUACGAGCCAAGGCAGCCAGGAGAGGAUAUCUGCUGGAGAUCCUCAACACCUACUCGGGCGCUUUCCACGGCUUUCUGGUCAAGAUGAACAGCGACAUGCUCCAGAUGGCAGUCAAGCUACCUCACGUGGAUUACAUUGAGGAGGACUCAUUUAUUUUUGCGCAGAAUGUCCCCUGGAACCUUCAGAGGUUACUACAGCCUCACAGUGAUACUUCUGACACUGAGAAAUACAGACCACCCAAUGCUGAAGGGAUGGCAGAGGUGUAUCUGAUGGAUGGCAGUGUUCAGAGUUCUCACAGAGAGAUUGAAGGCCAGGUUCUUGUCACCGACUUCAACGAUGUCCCUGAGGAGGAUGGAGUCAGAGUUCACAGACAGGACAGCCAGUGUGACAGUCAUGGUACACACAUUGCUGGCGUUGUGAGUGGGUGGGACUCUGGCAUUGCGAGGGGAGCCAGCAUUAACCAAGUACGUGUGCUCAACUGUCAGGGAAAAGGGACUGUCUCAGGAGCUCUGGCAGGCAUGGAAUAUAUCCGAGCAACUCUACUGGCCCGUCCAGUGAGUUCAGUGGUUGUUUUGCUGCCUUUUAUUGGUGGGUUCAGCCGCUCGUUGAAUGCAGCAUGCCGGGAGAUGGUGGCUAACAGGGCCGUGGUCAUUGCGGCAGCAGGGAACUUCAGAGAUGAUGCCUGCCUCUACUCCCCAGCUUCAGAGCCGGAGGUGAUCACCAUUGGAGCUGUUAACUCUGCAGACCAGCCCAUGUCAUUGGGAGCAGGUGGCACCAACCUCGGCCGUUGCGUUGAUCUGUUUGCGCCAGGCGAUGACAUUGUUAGUGCCAGUAGUGACUGCAGCACUUGUUUCACCUCCAGCAGUGGAACCUCCCAGGCUGCUGCCCAUGUCGCUGGUAUAGCAGCUGUGAUCCUGUCUUCUAGUCCUAAUGCAUCAUCAGUGCAGAUUCUCCAAAACUUGCUGCGCUAUUCUGUCAGCAACACUAUCAAUCCCCUCUCUCUGGCUGAAAAACACAGACUAACUACUCCAAACCUGGUGGCAGCCAUGCCUCCUAUGGCAACCAACAACACAAAUGGGGAGCUUUUGUGUCGGUCAGUGUGGUCUGACAGGUCAGGAGUCAUGACUGCUGACAGGGCAAUGAUUCGCUGUCAUCGAGGCGAGGAGAUGAUGGGAUGUACCAGCUAUGCCCCUGAUGGGGUCCGCAUGGGAGAAGCCAUAAUCGAAAACGGUGGACAGGUGGAUUGUGUGGCCCUUAAUGGCCCGGGUGGUAAAGGAGUAUACGCAGUGGCCCGCUGCUGUGCCACAGUUGGUCUACAGUGUCAGGUCCAUGAUAGUCCUGAACCUGGGAAAGAUGCUGAGUGUGUCAGCUCACACCACCACCUGACUGGCUGCAGCUCUCAGUCCAUUGCUGAAGUGCUGCCUGACUCACGCCCUCUGCACAGUGAACCUAAGAGGUGUGUAGGUACCGAGGGGAUGAUGACCUCAAAUGCGGUGUGCUGCCAUGCUCCUCAACUGGAAUGCCGCCUGCUGGAGCACAUAACAACAGAUAAAGAGCAGGCAGAAGUCUCCUGUCCUUCUGGUUGGACUUUGACAGACUGUAGCGCCGUCUCUCGAGGCUCUGCCUUACGGGGGCCACUUGCCAAGGGGAACAGCUGCCUGGUGCAGAGUGCUGCUGGGGGGGAUGGAGCAGUUGGCGUUGCAACCUGCUGUCGCAUCGGACAAUCACAGCAGUCUGCCAUCUCUCCUCAGCGAUAGGCUCUUCUCCCUAUCACACCCAACACCUCAGAAAUAGAAAAUUAGGUUGAUGUCAUCCCCUUCAUCAGACACGGGAAUACACCUCGUUUACUCACUUUUCCCUCAGAGAGUUCAGCACAGCUGCAGAACAUCUCUGGACAUACUUUAUUAACGUUGUCACAGUAUGUUUUUGUAAGCAUAUUGUAGUGUUGUGUAAGUCUAAUGAAGAUUGCCUUCGCUUGCACCUGUAUAUUGUUUUACUAGCUAGCGUAGUGUGAACUGUUCAUGCACUCAAAAUUAUUCCUACUUGAGAGAACAAUAGUUUUGUAUCUUUAUAGAAGAUUUCCAAUAAAGUAAU